UCUGGAGGAAACACUUCACAAAAUAAAUUUGGAGAAGGAAGACAGUGCAGUCCCAAGAGGUCCUGGGAGCACCGAAAGUGUAAUGGAAGAUCAUCCUCCUGGCCAGAAUGCCAGAGCAGCAUCCCCGAUGCAAGCCAUCAAGUGUGUGAUUGCAGGAGACAGUGCAGUGGGUAAAACAUGCCUUCUUGUCAGGUACAAAACCAACACCUUCCCUAGGGAAUACUGGCCCAUGUCCUUCAAGGACUACUCUGCUCAAGUGAUGGUUAAUGGCACCUCAAUUGUUGUGCAGUUCUGGGAUUUAUGCGUACAAGAUUACAAUGACAGAAUGCGCUUCUUAUUUUAUACAGAAACAGACAUAGUCUUACUUUGCUUUUCUCUCGUGAGCCCGGGGUCCUUGGAAAAUGUCCGCACAAAGUGGUAUCCUGAAGUGCGACACCAUUGCCCCAACACCCCUGUCAUAUUGGUGGGGACCAAACUUGAUCUCAGAACUGAUGAGCGCACAACCAAACAACUGAAGAAGAUGAAGUUGCUUCCAGUCACCUAUCAAGAAGGCCUUGAUGUGGCAAAAAUUAUUGGAGCGGUGAAAUAUGUGGAAUGUUCUGCACUGACGCGGGAAGGACUCAAGAUGGUGUUUGAUGAAGCGAUUCCAGCUGUUGUCUGUGCCCUUCAUGUGAAGGAGAGAAGAAAUUGCCUGCUGCUUUAAUACUGCCCACUCU